AUGAGCGAGGACAGUAUUAGUCGGCUCCCAUUCUCUCUCAAGAUCUCUGAGGAGCAUUUUUCUUCUAUUGAGGUGUUCCAAUUGCUAACUUCUGGUUCUCCAAACGCGGCCGUUACAAAGGAGGGAGCGGGGGCUCCUGCAAAGCCAAACUUACAUAAGCAGCGGCAGCCGCCUCCCCUACCCGAGCAGCCGCGACAAUGGCGGCGGCACGACUUCCCUGUUGAAAGCUCGAAACUUCGGGACGGGGAGGAAGCCUUCGGAGCCUCUCCAGGCCUCGCUCCCAUUGCUUUCGGCCCGGGAGGUGGAGGAGAGGAUAAAGCCGUUUGCAUUCCUCCCCAAACAAAAGCCCCCGGCUCGGAGGCCGGCGGUGCAAGGGCCGCUUUCCCUUUCAUAAUCAGGCUCUCGGCGCAGGCCGGGGUCCACGGCACCAGCGCGGGAGGGAGCACCCGGGCAGCCGCGGCGGCGGGAGCGGGAGCGGGCGUGCGGCCGGGCUCCGCAGCCCCGCGCCGCGCCCCGCGACCCGCUCGCCGGCCUGCGCGGCCCCCGGAGCGCCCCGUCCCCACGCCCGGCCCAGCCCUGACCCACGCCCGGCCCCGCUCGCACCGCGCCCGGCCGCUGGCGGCUGCCCGCACAUCCUGGAGCUGGCUGGCGCCCCAGAGCUCGGCGAGAACGCGCUUCUUCCGGGCAGCCUCGCCGCGCCGGCCGCCCCCGCGCCCCCGCGCCUGCCUCGCGGACGCCCGGGGCCCCUUCCGCACCCCCGGUCCGCGCUUACCUGCAGCCUGGCACAGCCACAGACACUCGCCGUGGGCUCCCCACGCUCACUGCACGCAGGCCGGGGACGGGAUGGACGCGGGGCGCGGGGGCACGGAGACGAUCCCAGGUACACAGGAGACAGGGAUCACCCUCAAAGCUCCGGAUCCAGCCAAGCCCGCGCCCACGCUCCCGCAUUUACCCAGACACUUUCAGGGAAAAGUCACGGCGGCUGGAGUCCAGAGCCCAUGUCUGGCAGUCGUGAGCCUGGACUCGAUUGCAUUUGCAGCUCGCUCCAGGAGCUCUGAUAAUCAGCACUGUUCUCAUAUCCCUGUUCAGCAAAAGUAAUGGCUCCGUUGCUGUUGAAACCAUGUCGCGUUCCCUCUGACGCGGUGGCUGGGCGGGUGCCGGGCGUCGGACCUGGAAGUCCCUCGGGCUCCCGCGUUUUCUGCUCACCUAAAUACAGGAAGCUGGACAGCAGUACCACACCUCUUUAGAGUCGCUUAUGCUGCUUUAAUACACACCCUUUAACAGCUUUUCGCAAAACACACGCAUAAUUCACAUCUAAAAAUUAAAGCGUGACCUUUCUCUCUGGCUUGUGUGAGGUAACAGGUACAUAGUAAAUAUUUA